UGUGUGUCAGGUGUGUAUGGAGUGUGUUUUGUGAUUUGGUGUUGGUUUUGGUGUAUAUACAAUGUGUUUCUAGUGAAUUUUAAGUGCGUUUGUUGGUACUUUGAGGUGUUGCAUGGUGGCAGUAUCCAAGGUGAUGUGGCAAAGCUAGGUUCAAUAAUUUCACAGUCUUGACCAAUAUAACAGGUUCGGGAGAGUGUUCCAAAUUGAUAUGGACGGUAAACUGAACAAUGGUUUUGGUAUUUUGUAAGCACGAGCGAUAAUUUGGAAGUGAUCAUUGAGUCGGUAGGCUUGUGUGUGGGUGAGGCUAAUUCACAGUACAUAAGCUGGAGAACAUUAAGAUGAAAAUAAUGACAAAUAUUUAAUGUGAUUCACAAUAUACAUAGAGGUGAAUGACAUUGGGCAACCUUGCUUAUUGUAGGCAACAUUAAUGUAAACCUUUGAGUGUGGGUGUGGGAGUGUAGUUUUUGUGGUUUGUCUGUUAUUUGUAUUUAAAGGAAAGACGGAGAGCUAUGAUGAACAGGAUUGUUGUAACUUACUGCUAGGGAUUCUCUCUCUUAAAACACCAUCUAGUCCAUCUAAAUUUACCUUAACAUAGUCUAAGUCAUGAAUAAUAGUGGUGUUAAAAUACAAAGCCAGCAUCUCACUCACACAAUGCAAUGCUGGCAGACAUACCUACAGACGACCCCCGCACGGAACAGCAACGACUUAUGUGCCUCAGACAGUCAGUUCUCCUACUGCUGUGUCAAUGGUAUCCCGAAGCAGCGCAUGUGUGACGGCUUCAAUGACUACUGCAGUAACGGAGAGGAUGAGUUUGUGCAGCUAUGUGGCACUGACGAGUGCCGGGAGAAGAAUGUCGGGUGUGAGCCCCUGUGCAUUAACACUCGAGAGUCAUACUACUGCCAGUGCCGGCCAGGAUACUGACUCGUCAGGAAGUUCAACUGUGAAGACGUUGACGAGUGCGUGGAGUCGGCCAGAUCCUCUACAUGAGGGACCAUCCAUUUUCACUCUACAGAUGUUUGUCGGGUUCCUGAAGAUGCAUCGACAUAUUAUCAUCCACACAAGCUUCCCCAACCCACCCAGCGUACCACAAGACAACAGCAGGCACUGAGGUGGACAGGAGCGCGCGACUGCGUGCACCACUGAACAGGAUGGUAUUAUAUUCCUCCCACAGGAGUAUGACUACAGCGAAGCAAGCCCAGAAAAAAGUGUUGAGUGACCAUGAUGAUUCAGUACUACUAACACCAAAGAAGUGAGGAAAGUGUUUGGAGUGAGCGUGCAAGACAAACAACUGACACGAGACUGCUACUGCCGGUGUAGCCAAAGGAACAAGAGGAGCAGGAGAAGGAGGAGGAAGACGAGGAAGAGGGUGAUUCUUGGAGACGUACCAGUGAAGUUCUGAAGGUUGGCCACGAAUCUUCAUCACUGAUGUAGUGUAUUUCAUUGACCAUUUGUAGAUUUGGGGGAUAAAUUUGUAUAUUUUGUACACAGUUGUAGAUGUAUAGUAGGUAAGGUUUAUUGAAAUGCCUUAUGUAAACCAGCAGAAAACCGUGGUAUGUAGAAGUUGUGUAUAGCAUUGUGAUAGGAAUGUACAUGUAGUGUACACAUGUAUGUUGUAUUUAAAAGAGGAGAGCGUAGACCAACAGAGGAAAGUAACCUCUUGGGACACGAGUCCUCUACUGAUCACUCAUAUAAUUCCUGUCACCUAUCAUGAUCGUUUAUGCCUUAAGGACCAAAUGACAAACGUGUUCACUCCAUGUUGGAAUUCACCACGUAGUGAGUGAAGAUAACGUUCCUUGUUAGGAGACGCCAUCUUCUUAGUGAGGGAGUGUAGGGAGCAUACUGGCUAGUCACACAUCAACAGCUGUGCGUCGCGGUGGAUGACACGAUGCGUCUUGCUGCCAGGCCGUGACAGUAGAUUAGUACCAAGUAGUAGUUGUUAAGGUUAGUAGUAGUAGUAAUGGAGUGCUUCUCACCCUAUUGCAAGGUGUGGUAGUGAUCACAAGAACGUGUUCCUUCUUGUGUGUCUCCAAGAUAGACAACAAAAAGUGUCGUUUUUUGUUUUCUGGGGUGAAGCACGAAGGUAUUGUUACGUGUUUCCAAAGAUGAUAUUUUGCGAGUCUUUCAAUGCAAUAUUUGAUAUAAGUUUCUGGCCAAUGUUUUAUCACGUACUGCAGUUUUUGUUACUUAUAUUUAUUUUUUAUUCCUAUUGAUAUGACGAUGUGUUGUGAAUGAUACUCCUAUAUAUUUCUAAUGACAACACAAUAUCGCUUGAUAUAAUAAAAUGUAUAAUGUAUCGAUCUGUUUUCAUAUCAGUUGAAAGAGAUGCAGAACAAUAUCUGGUUUGC